AUGAAGAAGGCAGAUCAAGAUGGUUUUGAUGUUCGUCAUCACUUAUCCACCGUCACUAGAUACUCUGUUUCAAAAGAAGUCUCUCAAAAUUUGAUUGAAGGGUCAACUAUCCCUAGUGAGUGUACACCUAUCCACCUUAACCUUGUGGCUAGGCAUGGAACUCGUUCUCCAACCAAGAAAAGGUUACGGGAGCUAGAGAAUUUAUCUGGUAGGUUAAAGGAAAUUGUAAGAGAUGCAGAAGGUAAGAAAGUUCCUGGAUGGUUAGGGAAAUGGGUAUCUCCAUGGCAAGGGAAAGUGAAAGGCGGUGAGCUGAUCAGGCAAGGAGAGGAGGAGUUGUACCAGCUUGGAAUCAGAGUUAGGGAACGGUUUCCGACUUUGUUUGAAGAGGAUUAUCACCCUGAUGUUUAUACAAUAAGAGCUACACAGAUUCCCCGGGCGUCUGCAAGUGCUGUGUCAUUUGGAAUGGGGUUGUUUAGUGAGAAAGGAGAUCUUGGACCUGGUCGUAAUAGAGCGUUUGCUGUCACUAGUGAGAACCGUGCUAGUGAUACCAAGCUGAGGUUUUUUGAGUGUUGUCAAAACUAUAAGAGCUAUAGGAAAGCUAAAGGUCCUGCUGUGGAUAAGCUCAAGGAACCUGUUCUUGAGAAGAUUACAGCUUCCGUUGCAAAGAGACAUGAUUUGAAUUUUACAAAACAGGACAUUUCUUCUCUCUGGUUUCUAUGCAAGCAGGACGCAUCAUUGCUUAAUGUAACACAUCAAAGUUGUGAACUCUUCACGCCAUCUGAGGUUGCUUUGCUGGAAUGGGCAGAUGACUUGGAAGUGUUUCUCCUCAAAGGUUAUGGAAACUCCUUGAACUACAAAAUGGGAGUUCCAUUGCUCGAAGAUGUUAUGCAUUCUAUGGACGAAGCUAUCAAGGCCAGAGAAGACAAGUUCCCAUCUGGAAGCUACGAAAAAGCAAGACUGAGGUUUGCACAUGCGGAAACAAUAGUUCCCUUCUCUUGUCUUCUUGGACUUUUCCUAGAUGGAUCUGAGUAUGAGAAAAUACAGAAGGAGAAACCAUUGGAGCUCCCUCCACAGCCUCCUAAAACUAGGGACUUUAAAGGCAGCACCAUGGCUCCUUUUGGUGGGAACAACAUGCUUGUCCUCUACAGUUGUCCUGCAGCUUCCUCUCCCAAGUACUUCGUGCAGGUUCUGCACAACGAGCAUCCUAUUGCACUUCCAGGUUGUGAUGGAAAAGACUUCUGUCCUCUUGAAGAUUUCAAGGACAAAGUGGUGACCCCUCAUCUCAAGCAUGCUUUUGACAACCUCUGCAAUGCUAAUCUAGAUGACCCUAAACAGAAGAAUCCAUCUUUGUGGAGUUGGCUGUUGGGAUCAAGCCAAAAAGCCGAGCUCUAA